GUCAUUUCUCAGACUCUCUCUCCUACCUGGAACCAGAUGCUGCUCUUCAAUGAGUUGGUUUUGCAUGGCGAGGAGAGGGAAUUGGCUGAGUCCCCACCCCUAGUGGUGGUGGAACUCUAUGACAGUGAUGCGGUGGGGAAGCCGGAAUAUUUGGGUGCCACGGUGGCUGCUCCAGUUGUGACACUAGCUAACCAGGACUAUGAGCCCCCCAAGCUGUGCUAUCACCCCGUCUUCUGUGGGAACCUCCCUGGAGGGGACCUUCUUGCCGUGUUUGAGCUGUUGCAG